CCGGGGAUUGCCCUGGGCAGGUCGGUGGGGUUGCCUCGGCUAGCAGUCGCCUGGGAUCACCGCUGGCGCUCGAGGGGGCGGCGCCUCCCGACCCGGUAGUCGGGCGCGCUGCCCGUUUGGUACCUCCCAGCCCUUUCGGAGCCGAGGUGCGGUGCAGCGCCUUUUCCGAGGCGUCUCAGGAAUGAUUGUGGCCAUACCGGACGGACUGCUGAGCUGCUGAAUUGAGUCCAUCUCCUGACCACACUAGGAAGUUGUCUGUGGAGUUGAAAUGUUUAUUGCCGUAACCUCUGCCCUUACGUGAUUAAGGUUGAAAGCCUUUGGGAACUUGCUAUAUGAAAUUCACACGAAUCCUCACCCUUUGCUGUGUCCAUCCUUGGAUUUGAGCCAGCAUGGCUUAUACUACAAAAGUCAACGGUUGUCCUGCAGAAAAAGCAGAUGAAGUUCUGAAUGGAGACCAUAACAAGGAACAGAAAGACCCAUAUUUUGUGGAAACCCCGUAUGGUUUUCAGCUAGAUUUGGAUUUCGUCAAAUACGUGGAUGACAUUCAGAAGGGAAAUACGAUCAAGAAACUGAACAUCCAGAAGAGGCGAAAACCAUCGGCACCAUGUCCAGAAGUCAGGGCCCCACCUGGUCCUCAAGGUGUGUGGACUUCCACUGAAUCCCUGUCGUCCUCCAACAGUGAUGACAGCAAGCAGUACCCCAGCUUCCUCCUAGCCAGGAGCCACGUUACGUCAACCCCGAUCCCACGGCCACCUGCCCCCCUAGAGAACUCAUCUACUUUUGCCAUCCCAGAAAAUCGACAGCUGCUGCCCCCUCCCUCACCCCAACUCCCAAAGCACAACCUUCAUGUCACCAAGACGUUGAUGGAGACCAGGAGAAGGCUCGAGCAGGAGAGACUCACCAUGCAGAUGGCACCGGGUGACUUCAGAAGGCCCAGGCUGGCCAGUUUUGGGGGCAUGGGCUCCACGAGCUCCCUCCCAUCCUUUAUGGGUUCUGCUAAUCACAACCCUGCCAUGCACCAGCUUCAGAACGGCUAUCAGGGCAAUGGGGAUUUCAACAGCUGUGUCCCAGCAGCUCCCACCACGUCCUCCAUCGGGAGCUCCAUCCGGCACAGCCCACUCAGUUCAGGGAUCUCCACCCCAGUGACCAACGUGAGCCCCACGCACCUGCAGCACAUCCGAGAACAGAUGGCCAUCGCCUUGAAACGCCUGAAGGAACUUGAGGAGCAGGUGAGAACCAUCCCCGUGCUCCAGGUUAAGAUCUCUGUCUUGCAAGAAGAGAAAAGGCAGUUGGCCUCGCAGCUGAAAAACCAGAGGGCCGCGUCCCAGAACGACUUGUGUGGUGUGAGGAAGCGCUCCUACAGUGCAGGCAACGCGUCCCAGCUGGAGCUGCUCUCCCGAGCCCGAAGGGGUGGCGGUGGCGGGGAAUUAUACAUUGACUAUGAAGAGGAAGAGAUGGAGAGCGUGGAGCAGAGCACCCUGAGGAUCAAGGAGUUCCGGCAGCUCACGGCCGACAUGCAGGCGCUGGAGCAGAAGAUUCAGGACAGCAGCUGUGAGGCCGCCUCAGAGCUCAGGGAGAAUGGGCAGUGCCCGUCUCGGGAGUGCAAGUCUGUGGCUGUGGGUAGCGAUGAGAACAUGAAUGACAUUGUUGUGUACCACAGAGACUUCAGGUCCUGCAAGGAUACGGCUGUGGGGACAGUCACCGAGACAAGGAAUUUUGGCAUCAGCGUGACAGAAGCCAUGCUCGGGGUUAUUACUGAGGCUGACAAAGAGAUUGAGCUACAGCAGCAGACCAUAGAGGCCUUAAAGGAAAAGAUUUACCGCCUGGAAGUACAGCUUAAAGAAACGACCCAUGACCGGGAGAUGACUAAGCUCAAGCAAGAACUACAGGCUGCUGGAUCCAGGAAGAAAGUUGACAAGGCCACAAUGGCCCAGCCCCUUGUCGUCAGCAAGGUGGUGGAGGCCGUGGUGCCAACCAGAGACCAAAUGGUUGGCAGUCAUGUGGACACAGUGGAUUCGUGUGUUGGGACCUCUGUGCAGACAAGCAGUGUGAGCACCUCCUGCCAUCCUGACCGCAAGAAUCAAACCGUGGGGCCUGAGCUGCCCAUGAAUUGGUGGGUAGUGAAGGAAAGGGUGGGAAUGCAUGACCGAUGCAUAGGGAGGUCUGUGGAGACUUGUGACCGGAGCGUGGGGGUGGAAGUCAGCGUCUGUGAAACAGGCAGCAACACAGAGGCUUCUGGGAGUGACCUAACACUCCUCAAGACAAACUUGAACCUCAAAGACGUGCGGUCCAUUGGCUGUGGAGAUUGCUCCAUUGACGUGAUUGUCUGCUUUCCCAAGGAGUGCACCUCACGAAGCAUGAACACAGAGGCUCUAGGCCGGGAGGAAGCUGCUGUCAUGGCGGUGCCUCAUACCACAAACCAGCACACCAGCACCAAUCUGGAGCAGGUGGACCAGGGCACUAAUACGGAGGCGGCCACCCUGGUGGAGUCCUGCACCAACACUUUCCUCAGCACUCUGGAGAAACAGACCAGCACCCAGACAGUGGAGAUGCGAACGGUGGCCAUAGGAGAAGGCCGGGUCAAAGACAUCAACCCCUCUGCUAAGACUCGGUCUGUUGGUGUUGGGACAGUGCUGUCUGGCUCUUCUGAGUUUGACAAGCCAUCUGCUGUGAAGACCAAAGAGUCGGGUGUGGGACAGAUAAAUAUCCACGACAGCUAUCUGGUUGGUCUCAAAAUGAGGACCAUAGCGUGUGGGCCUCCGCAGCUGACCGCGGGACUGAUGGGCAGCAGAAGGAGCGUGGGUGUUGGGCACGAGCCAGUAGGGGAUCUACCGGAGGAGCCCCCUCAGCCUCAGGUCGCACCUGGAAUGAUGACUGGCUUGAAUCACUACAUCGAGCGCGUGCAGAAGCUGCUGGCAGAGCAACAGACAUUGCUGGCUGAGAACUACAGUGAGCUGGCGGAGGCUUUUGGGGAGCCUCAUUCACAGAUUGGCUCCCUCAAUUCGCAGCUCAUCAGCACCCUGUCAUCCAUCAAUUCCGUCAUGAAGUCUGCAAGCACGGAAGAGCUCAGGAACCCCGACUUCCAGAAAAACAGUCUGGGUAAAAUCACAGGAAACCACUUAGAAUAUACCUGUAAAUGCGGAGGCCUUCGGCCGGGAGGACUGUUAAAUGUGCAAACACCGCAGCCCGAGCAAGAGGCGGGGAUGACAGAAGGGAAGCUCCUUGGGGGCCGUGACCAGUUCCCCACUCAGGGAAAUACUCUGCGCCCGGUGAACCUGACAGAUGACCAGAUAGCCACCGGCCUCUAUGUAUGUCCAAAUAAUGAAAAUACACUGAAGUCUAUCAUGAAGAAGAACGACGGGAAUAAAGAUUCAAAUGGCGCUAAAAAGAACCUUCAGUUCAUUGGCAUUAAUGGCGGGUAUGAGACAACUUCAAGUGACGAUUCCAGCUCAGAUGGGAGCUCUUCUUCUGAGUCAGAUGACGAUGACGCCCUUGAGUCUCCUCCCGAGGAAGAGGAGGAGGAGGAAGAGGAGGAUGACGACACUCAGGGAAUGGCGGAAGGGCACCACGCAGUUAAUAUUGAAGGUUUCAAGUCUGCCAGGGUGGAAGAUGAAAUGCAGGUUCCAGAAUGUGAACCUGAGAAGGUGGAAAUCAGAGAGAGGUAUGAAUUAAGCGAAAAGGUAUUGUCUGCAUGCAACUUACUGAAAGAUAACAUAAACGACCCCAAAGCUUUGACGAGCAAAGAUAUGAGGUUCUGUCUGAACACCCUCCAGCACGAGUGGUUCCGCGUGUCCAGUCAGAAGUCCGCUGUGCCAGCCAUGGUGGGGGACUACAUCGCCGCAUUCGAGGCUGUCUCCCCGGAUGUGCUCCGUUACAUCAUCAACAUGGCCGAUGGCAAUGGGAACACCGCCCUCCACUACAGCGUGUCUCACUCCAACUUCGAGAUUGUCAAGCUGCUUCUGGACGCAGACGUGUGUAAUGUCAACCACCAGAACAAGGCUGGAUACACCCCCAUCAUGCUGGCAGCGCUCGCCGCCGUGGAGGCAGAGAAGGACCUGCAGGUUGUAGAAGAGCUCUUCGGCUGUGGAGAUGUGAACGCCAAGGCCAGUCAGGCAGGACAAACAGCCCUCAUGCUGGCCGUCAGCCAUGGGCGGAUAGACAUGGUGAAGGGCCUCCUGGCCUGCGGGGCUGACGUCAACAUCCAGGAUGAUGAGGGCUCCACCGCCCUAAUGUGUGCCAGUGAGCAUGGGCACGUGGAGAUUGUGAAGUUGCUGCUGGCCCAGCCAGGCUGCAAUGGCCACCUGGAGGACAACGAUGGCAGCACUGCUCUCUCCAUAGCCCUGGAGGCUGGACACAAAGACAUUGCCGUUCUUCUGUAUGCCCACGUCAACUUCGCGAAAGCCCCAUCUCCGGGCACCCCCAGGCUUGGAAGAAAGACGUCUCCUGGUCCCACUCACCGAGGUUCCUUUGACUGACUGUGUAGACACAGCCCUCCGUGUGCGUAUUCCUGCUGGGGUUGACAGAUACUGAAUGUAUAUGGACCAUGCCGAGCUGACCAGCAAACAGAAGAGUAAAGGAACAGGCUAAGGGCCGCCGCUUUUGCAGGGAAAACAGAGCUGGUGGGAAAUGGCCAAGCUAGGUGCAGGCCGCCUCUCUAGCCCUCUGCUUUUCUAGAGCUUGAACACAGCUCUGUGGCCGCUGAGUUGGCUCCGUUAUUUGCAAUGGUAAGAAACGGCAGUCUGGCUCUACCAGGCCAGACUACAACUUCUACAAAUGUAAGCAAGCGUCAGGUUCUCCAUGACCUUGUGGUUUUGAAAUUUUCCACAAAUACUUAUACUUACUAAAUGUGGAGCCACGGGGAAGGCCUUCCAGUAUUCCAUUCCAGGAUGCUUUUGUGCAUUUCUGCUCUGUCUUUUAAAAUAAGAAACUUGAGAUAGAUGACCGAUCAUCAGCAACUUGGUCCCCAGGCUGAUAAUUUCCUGUUUAAAAAAAAUAGAAGAUGGAAAUCUCAAACCAUAUAAACUUACAACAAGAAAUAUUUUCAGUUGGUUUAUCUAGGUGGAUGUAUUAUGUGGCUUUUUAUAUAAAAGACUUCUAUAUGAAAUUAACACAGUAUUUUUAAGUUUUAUAUUCCACAGUACGGUCAUAAAGAAUUAUGUGUAAUGUUACAUUUUUAACAGCUGCCCAACCAUGUCUCUAUCUGGUGAUAAAGGUUGAAUUAGGUUAGAGGAGUGGGUUCCAGAUGUGCCUCUAGGGAAACAUAGGGUAGUUCUCUGUGUGUUUCUAUCAUGUCACAUUUACUUUGGUCCUGUGUAUGUAUUUAAAUGUUUGAAGUGCCUUAGACUCUUGCCAUAUUUUCAGAAUAAAACUUCAUUAAGCUCU